AUGAUUGUUUUCAUUUUUUUGGCAGAAUCUGUCAAGUACAAGAGAGAUCUUCCACCAGCUCAUUUUUCAUUGAAAAUUGAAUCAUUUGAAGUACCAUUAAAGUUGGACAAGUAUGAUUCCGGUGUAUUUAACACUGGGGGCCACAAAUGGAGGCUAUCUCUUUACCCUAAAGGAAACAAAAAUGAUAAUGGUUCAGGAUAUAUUUCCCUCUAUUUGUCAAUCGAUGACCUUAAAUCCAAUGAGACGGUUCACGUCAACUACAAGCUUUUUGUGCAUGACAAAUCACGAAACAAGUACUUGACCAUUCAAGAUGCCGAUGAGGCGAUAAGCUGCUUCUAUGGCUUGAAGACCCAAUACGGGUUUCCUCGGUUUCUUUCCCUGAAAGAAUUCAAAAAACUUUCAAAUGGAUACCUUGAUGAAAAGUACUCUUGUACAUUUGGGGCUGAAGUUUUUGUCAUCGAACCUGACAAGGUGAAGGAGGAGUCUCUUUCCUUGAUCAGAUACCCGGAACAAAACACAUGGCAUUUGAAGAUCGAAAACUGGUCCACAUCGGGCACGGAUCCUCGGUUCAGAGAGUUUGACUGCGAAAAAAGGAAAUGGAAGUUAUUGGUGUAUCCCAAAGGCAAUGAGGCCGGGAGGGGAAAGUCGCUGUCCGUUUACUUGGAAGUGCAAGGCCUUACUGAGAAGAUGCAAGUUUAUAAAGAGUUCAAUUUAAGUGUGGUGGACCAACUCAAAGGGAGACAUCAGGAGAAGAAGCAAUUUGAGCGCUGGCUAAGUGCCUCACAUCCCCAAGUGGGCAAUGCAAACUUUAUGCCCUUGAAGGAUCUCGAGAAAUCAAAGAAAGGGUUCAUUCAAAAUGAUACUCUGGUGGUUGAAGUCCAGAUCUGCGUUGUAUCAAAGCCAAGUGUCAUAUCAGAGCCGGCCGUUGUACCAUCGCAGCCGGGGCCGGGGUCGCACCAUCGAAGCCGGGCCCGGGCGUCGCACCAUCGCAGCAAUGACUUACUUUCGUAUUUGUUGUGUCAGAAUAAAUUCCUUAAGGAUAGUGUGUACGUGUAUUUCCACGUGAAUUUUGUGCUCCCAGUUUGGCUUCUUAUAUGAUUAUUAGGUGGAAUCUUAAAACUUUUGAAUGAAUAUGCAAUCAAGUCA